AUGGUAGAUAUUAAUGAAGUAAAGAAACAUAAUAGUGAUAAAGAUUGUUGGGUGAUUAUUCAUAAGAAAGUUUAUGAUGUAACCAAAUUUUUACCUGAACAUCCUGGAGGUUCAGGUAUUAUAUUAAAGUAUGCUGGUAAGGAUGCUACUAAAGCUUUUGAUCCUAUUCAUCCAAGUGAUGUUUUAACCAAAUAUUUACCUCCUGAAUGUUGUUUAGGAGAAGUUGAAGGAGAAUUAGAAUCCAAACCUAAGAAACAAUUGACAAAAGAAGUUAAAGUUGAUUCCAAUGUUGCUAUGGUGGAUGAAUAUGAUGUUGAAUAUGAUGAACAAGAAGAUAAGCAAGCAAUCAAUUUCCCCGUUCCUGCUCAAUUAUCAAGUCAAGAUGAUGAAGAUGAUGAAGAUGAUGAAGUAGACGAAUAUGAAAUUGAGAGAAGAAAGUAUGAAAAGGGUAAACCAGACAUCGGACAGAUUUAUAAUUUAACUGAUUUUGAAUUUGUUGCUAGAUAUACUAUGGAUAAAAUAGCUUGGGGAUAUUAUUCUUCAGGAUGUGAUGAUGAAAUCACCAUGAGAUUUAAUCAUAUAGCUUAUCAUAGAUAUUUCUUUAAACCUAGAGUUUUAGUAGAUGUUACCAAUAUUGAUUUAUCUACUACAAUGUUAGGUACUAAAUGUGAUUCACCAUUUUAUGUAACUGCUACAGCUUUAGGGAAAUUAGGACAUCCAGAGGGGGAAAUUGUUUUAACUAGAAAUGCAGCCAAACAUAAUAUUAUUCAAAUGAUUCCAACAUUAGCUUCAUGUUCAUUUGAUGAGAUUGUUGAUGCUGCCAUUGAUGAACAAACUCAAUGGUUACAAUUAUAUGUCAAUUCUGAUAGAGAUAUAGUAGAAAAGAUGUUAAAACAUGCUAUGAAUAGAGGAAUUAAAGCCAUUAUGAUCACAGUUGAUGCUCCUCAAUUAGGUAGAAGAGAGAAAGAUAUGAGAAGUAAAGAUUUCGAAGAUACUUCAUAUGUUCAAAAUGAAGAUAAUUCUGUUGAUAGAUCUCAAGGAGCUGCUAGAGCCAUUAGUUCAUUCAUUGAUACCGGAUUGAAAUGGGAUGAUUUGAAAUGGUUUAAAAAGAUUUUGAAUAUUCCUAUUAUAUUGAAAGGAAUUCAAACAGUUGAAGAUAGUUUAAAAGCCAUUGAAUAUGGGGUUGAUGGUAUUAUUUUAUCCAAUCAUGGAGGAAGACAAUUAGAAUUUUCCAAACCUCCAAUUGAUGUUUUAUUUGAAUUGAAUGAAUAUUUCAAGAAGAAUAAUACCACUAAACCGGAAAACUUUGAAAUUUUCAUCGAUGGUGGGGUUAGAAGAGCCAGUGAUAUUUUAAAAGCUAUUUGUUUAGGAGCUAAAGGAGUUGGAAUCGGAAGACCUUUCUUAUAUGCUAUGUCAACUUAUGGAGACGAUGGAGUUUAUAAAGCUAUGCAAAUAUUAAAAGAUGAAAUGAUUAUGAAUAUGAGAUUAUUAGGAGUUACCAAGAUUGAAGAAUUAAAUGAUUCAUUCAUUGAAAAGGGGGAUUUGAAAGUCGAUGACAAGUUAUUCAAUGGAGUUUAUCAACCAUUAGAACAUCCUAAGUUCAAAUUGUGA